AUGAAUGUCAAUCUUUUGUGCCCCGAAGCCCCAUUUGGCGAACGGGUGGAUUGCAAUUUUGCUGAAGUUGACGAGAAUUUGACAAAAGACGCCAGAGUCAUGGAUAACAUGCUGAUGUUGGAAGGCAGCACCAUCCCCCGCAUGAAUUACUUUGCCAAUUUCCAGGGGGAUCUGCUGCCUUUCAUGAGGAAAGUUGUCACCACAUGGAUGUUGGAGGUGUGUGAAGAGCAACACUGCGAAGAACAAGUGUUUCCUCUAGCUGUUAAUUUCAUGGAUCGUUUUUUGUGCGUAUGCGAGAUUCCUCGUCAACAACUUCAACUUGUGGGUGCAACAGCUUUACUGGUUUCCACCAAGAUUCGUCAAUGCCACAAUUUGACCAUCCAUCUGCUUUGCGCUUAUACUGAUCAUAGUGUCGCCCCUGAAGAAAUUAGGACCAUGGAAAUGUUAAUUCUAACCAAGCUGAACUGGAACUCGAAUACGAUUACUGGCUUCGACUUUGUUGAUCACCUAAUCGAGCGAAUGCCAUGGGGACAUGAAAGCCGCCUUACCAAACGUCAUGCUCACACCUUGGUGUCUGUCUGCUGUACUGAACCUGAAUUUAUGCAGACCGCUCCUUCGCUCCUUGCCACCGCUUGCGUUUGCGCCGCCGUUCGAGGCCUGAACCUUCCAUCAUCGCAAUGCGCCCUUGCGGAUCUUUGCGCCGUUUCUCGUGCCGACAUAACUCUCGCCGAAUUAAUGGUUUGUCACAUCGAGCGAGUUAUUGCCAACGAAACUGCGUCAUUGCAAACGCCUUCGGGAACUCCACCAGCGUCUAAUCCAAACUCUCCAUAUCAGAGCCCCGAAGCCUCAGUAUCUCUAAAUAUUAUAUAA